AUGAGCCAGUACAUUGUCCAGGGCUCGGCGGAGCAUGUGGCCUCCUUGCUCUCAGGAUAUGGCUUAGGCUGUCCGCAUUACCUGAUCUGUUCCGUGGGAGAUUCGCAAGUCCAGUGUUAUCCAAAACGUUUGGCUUUCUUUUCAUCACACAACCCAGAUUUGAUCAUCUUCUACGUUGACACAAAGAACAUUUGCUCAGACUGUUUGAAGUUAUUUGUCCCCUCUGGCUUCAACUUCUGGUCUUUCCUGCCUGAUCCCAAAGGAGAAGAUGCAAAAUUGAAUAGUCCUCCCCGAAAAUGGCUCUCCACGAGUGGCCAAGCAGAGCAUUUCAUCAAUUUGCGCAAGAUUGGAGGUGGUGCAUCUGACCCCGCCAUUGUUCCCCUGCCAUCAUCACCAGUGGCGACAACUGCAUGGGAAUGGAUCAAGUCGCAGAAAAAGCCAUUUUACAUAGAUCAGCUACAUCUCGCUCCCAGAUGGUCGCCCAUUAAUGAACGGAAUGCCUUAGCCGACUCGGCUACUGCCUGGCAAUACGGCAUUGCUAUGCCGGCACCAACUGUGGAAGCAAUCUCAGCUCCCAGAGACAACAAGAAAACAGUUGCGAAAGCUCCGAAACCAACUUCCAAAAAAGAUCCGCCGUCGAAGCCGAAAACAUCGACGGGUGCGGUAGAGGUACGUGAGAGGGAGAAGCCUCGGAAGUCGAAUCAUCCAGAAGACACCACAAGCGCACAAGCUGUAUCUCUAAACCCGAGAAAGCAGGUUGACGGGACAGUGAGUGUUCCUAAGCUUGCAUUUGUCGCUGAGCCUGAUGCAAAUCAAAAUGGCCAUGGUCCGACAAGCUCGAAGGAACAAAUCUAUCCUCCUCGCAAAGAGAAAGUCAAAUCCAAAACUACUCUACCGCCCGAAGUAGAUUCUAAGCCUGCGAAAGCUGGAGGAUCGCCAAAAAUGGUUUCCCCUUCGGUACCUCAGCCUACCUUUUCGGCUACCGAAGAGUGGAAGACACCACAAGAGCAAGAGAGGCCAAACUUGGCCUCUCCAGUGGUGCCACUGACUCAGCCUUAUCCUUCAAUUCGCAGAAAACCUGUUGGUGCUGUUAGCAAGACAAGUAACGCCGCUGUUGAAGCUACUAAAAGUGGCAUCCAAGAAAUUGACUCCAUGACGAAGACGACCGCCACUAGUCAGGGCAAGGAAUCAGCUUCAGGCUCGAUCUUGUCUCUACUAUCUAAGCCAAGCCCUGGAAUCCAAAACCUUGAGCCUAAGACCAAAUCACCAAAAGAGGGACCAGCCAGCAUCAACUUCAAAGAGGCGCAUGCAGAACCGAAGGCUGUAGAAACAUCGAAGGAUUCGUCGAGGAAGAAGUCAUCCAAAUCCAAGCCCGCUGGCGUGACGAAGGAGAUGCCUACCCUACUAAAGGCUGUAGAACAGUCCAAGAGAAGCUCUUCCCAAACUAGAUUUGUUUCGACCUACACAAGGAGUUGGUACAGCCAUGAUCCACUUUCCUUCAAUGGCACUACGACUCUCUCCAAACUUUCAGACUACAAGCGACGAGCUGAAACAGUCAACAUUUACGCCGAGAGGGCCCCUGAACUUCCACUAGAGACCUUGCUCCGAGAGACACAGCCACUCAAUAAAUCAGAAACGCUUUCGGGUUUGAAAACUAAGAAGGCGCUCAAGAAGGAAGACCCCAUCAUAGCUUUAUUCUCACCAGAUGCAAAAGACAAAAAGCCAUCCAAACUACCUCUUGGCUCGGCAUUGGGAAUGAAAGACAUCUUGGAAGCCAAGCCUUCCUCGGGGAAGAAGCCCAAGCCAGCUUCAGCGGAAGAUUCAGUCAAGUUCAAAUCUGACAAAGCAUCCUCAAUAAAGCCUAUGACAGAAGGUUUGUCAGAAUGGACUAAAGAAAUUCAGAAUGUGGCAACGAAAGCCAAGGCUGAAGAGUCCGGCCGAUCGUACACAGACAAAUUCUCAAAAGACAUGAAGCACAGAGUUAAGGCUACCCGCUCGCAGCCUGGAACGAAAACCGGCAGUAUAGGGAUUCAUUCGAAGUACAUUUCAUCUCGCAGAGACCACCAGUCUUCCACGACUGUCGGCAAUCACAACCACGUUCACCACAAGCAGCCCAAGACGAAGCUUGAUGGCCACAAGUAUGGUAAGCCCCAAAGGAAACUGGACAAGAAACUAGGAAGCAAAUUACAUACAAAUCAACCUCACGGAUAUGGGCACAAUGCACACGGGUCACGUGGCCACGGCUCAACAGGAGAGUAUGCAGGCGAGCAUCCCGGCAAGCAUCCUGGCAAGCAUCCUGGCAAGCAUCCAGCAGAGCAUCCGGGCGAGUAUCAUGGAAAGUACCGAGAAAGAUAUCCAGAAGAAUAUCCCGAAGAGCAUCCUGGAGAGUACCCAGAAAGAUAUCCAGAAGACUAUCCUGGAGAGCAUCCUGGAGAGCAUCUAGGGGAUGGUCCCGUUGACAAUAUCCCAACAGAAUCUACCCAAACCACCAUUCAACCUGUCAACAACAGCGCUGCGCCGAUCAGCUUUGUUGGAAGUAACACACCAGAGACUGAGAUGCAACGCACAGUCGCCUGCGCAACCCAGCCCGUCUCACCAGCGCAAGAGUUGCCAGAUUCAGCAACCAGCCCAAAUACACAAGAUCCUUCUUUUGCUGAAAACACCGGUGAGGUACAAAGCCAACCUGAUACACAGCCAAUUAGUGAGACUCCACAACUUCUUGGAACAGUAAAUAUCCAAGGGAACAUUUCAGGAGACGAAAGCUCCCCAGCCCAACCAGUUUCAGGGCCAUCUGCUGGCAACAUCAUCUCUCCAACUGAGGUUACGGCAACCGCUACUGUUGCAGUAGCACCAACCACAGAAACGUCUCUGUCUGACCCCAAAUUUGAUCCGAGCUCUGUAAAUGUAAAUAGAACGGAUCCGUCGUCAACAAUACCCUCAAGCGGGUCUCAAGAAGCCACGGUGGCAGGAUCCGGAUCUGCUGAAGGAUACUAUGGACAACCUACAGUACAAUCAGUACAAAACGUUCCAGUCCAGGCAAGCGAUAUCUCAGACCCCAUCCAAGGAUCCAGAGGUGGGCUGGACGGAAGUGGGUUAUCUUCAUCUGGGGGACAAAAGCCUUCUACAUCGUCGAAGUUGCCUUCCGGCACCGCUUUUGUAGCCGGGGCUGGUAUUGUAGGCGCAGCUGCUUUAACCGGCUCCCUUACAGCUAUUAAUGAGGGUUCGUUCUCUGAUGCAAACGAUGCAGAAAGCGUCGAUUCCAAUGGUAGUCGUGAAUAUCCUGCGGGGCACUCGGACGAUGAGUUCGAAGGAUCAUCUAGCAGUCAUCAACAUCCUGAGCAUGAAGAUAGCGAUAUUGAGGGCGUCCACAGUACCGCUUCUCUUCCAGGUAGUGAUGACGAGGAGGCUUCUGGACAUGGCUCGCCACUAGAUAACUUAAGCCAACACGGUGACAUACAUGGAGAUCUAUCUAGCGCAUCCGAUGUUGAGGAUGAUCUGCAAGAACAGCAACUUCAAAGCCAUGAGAACUCGGACAAUGAAUCAUCGCACGAGGCUACGGAGGGCCAUUCAUACAAGCAAAGCUCUGAAGAUGGGGAAAUCGAUGAGGAAAAUGUUCAACAUCAUGACAGUGAAGGUCAAGAGGAAUCCUUCGACAAUGGUGCAGGUUCCGGCUCGGAAGAUGGACAUUCAGUCAAUGAAGGCUUUGUAGAUCAGAGCGAUGAAAAUCAGCAAGACGAUUUUGCUCUGAAUGAUUAUUCAGACACAAUCUCACAUCAUAGUGCCGGAGUUGAGGUGCUUAGCCAGGAUGAAGAUCAAGACGACGACCAAGAAGACCAAGGCCAAGACAAUAACAGCUCGAAUCACGAGUUUGACAAUGAAUCAGAAAAAGAAGACUCGGAUCACGAGUUUGGCAAUGAAUCAGAAAAAGGAGACUCGGAUCACGAGUUUGGCAAUGAAUCAGACAAAGGAGGCUCGGAUCAAGGUUCCAGUGCAGAUUCUGGACAGGAUAUGCAAGACGAUGCCGAGGAUGAUCUGAAUGCUGAAUCCAGUCAAGAGGAUUCGGGACAUGAAACUUACAGCGAGGCGGCUCAAGAUUCGGAUCGGAGCGCUGAAACUAAGUCACACUCAGACCAGAAUUCAGACGAUGAUAAUAGAUCAGACCACCAAUCAAGUCACUUAUCAGAAGAUGAUCCUGAGGACAGCCCAGAGGAGGAAUAUGACGAGAGUUCAGAGGAGGAAGCUGGCGAGAGUCCAGAGGAAGAUGACGAGAGUCCAGAGGGGGAAGCUAGCGAGAGUCCAGAGGAGGAAGCUGGCGAGAGUCCAGAGGAAGAUGACGAGAGUCCAGAGGAGGAAGCUAGCGAGAGUCUGGAGGGGGAAGAUAACGAGAGUCCAGAAGAAGAGCAAUCGGAUCCAGAACCUGACGACUCAGAACCAGAACCAGAGCCAGAGGACAUGUCUGAGCCUGAACAAGGAACGAACUCGGAUAGUGGAGGGGAUGACAAUGCGUUAUAUUCAGACUAG